UCGAAAAAACCCAGAGCAGAAAAAAGCUCUCGACUUCGGCUUCGAUCUAACAGCAGAUCAACUCGACAUCGAUCGAGGGCUCGAGAUUUUCUUCUUCUUCUUCUUCCAUGGAGUUGCAGAGCGGAGCUCCGCUGCUGCUCCAGCAGUACAGGGCCCUGCUCAGGAAGAACCUGCUGCUGUCGUGGCGGAACAGGCGCGCCACCUUCCUCCACCUCUUCUCCUCCUUCUUCUUCAUCUUCCUCAUCUUCUGCGUCGAGAAGGCCACCCACGCCCGCAUCGCCCGGUCCGCCGCCUUCGAGGGCGUGGCCGACCCGGAGCCCCUGGUGUCCCCGCCCAUCCCGCCCUGCGAGGACAAGUUCUACGUCAGGUCCCCCUGCUUCGACUUCGUCUGGAGCGGCAACGCCAGCGGCGCGGUCGCGGGGAUCGUGGACAGCAUAAGGAACAAUAACCCCGGCAGGCCCAUUCCUGAGAGCAAGGUUUUGUCAUUUGGAACGGCCGAGGAAGUGGACGCGUGGUUGUACAGUAAUCCUAUGCGGUGUCCUGGAGCUUUGCAUUUCACGGAAAUGAAUUCCAGUGUCAUCCGGUAUGGCAUACAAACUAACUCCACUCCAGUUAUGAAGCGAGGUCAAUAUGAGGAUCCCACUUUCAAGUUUCAGAUACCUCUUCAGAUUGCGGCUGAGCGGGAAAUUGCGCGGUCUCUUAUUGGAGAUUCAAAGUUUAGUUGGGUUGUUGGGCUGAAGGAAUUUGCACACCCUGCAGUUGAAAUUUUCUCUGCAGUUGCCACUGUUGGGCCAGCCUUCUUCCUUGCAGUCGCCAUGUUUAGCUUUGUACUUCAAAUCAGUUCUUUGAUCACAGAAAAGGAGCUGAAACUCCGCCAGGCGAUGACCAUGAUGGGCCUUUACGAUACUGCCUAUUGGCUUUCAUGGCUCACUUGGGAGGGCAUCAUAACGAUCCUUUCUUCGUUGUUCAUAGUCCUCUUCGGGAUGAUGUUUCAGUUUGAUUUUUUCUUGAAUAACAGCUUCCCUGUCGUGUUCCUGUUGUUCUUCCUAUUCCAACUCAAUAUGAUUGGCUUUGCCUUCAUGUUGUCAGCCUUCAUUAGCAAGGCCUCUUCAUCCACAACUGUGGGUUUCUCCAUAUUUAUUAUUGGCUUUCUAACUCAGCUUGUCACGGCGUAUGGAUUUCCCUACAGUCAAAUCUUCGAUAAUCGUUACCGAGCCAUCUGGUCACUCUUUCCACCGAAUCUCCUUGCUGAAGCUCUGAAGCUGCUCUCUCAAGCAACUUCCACCCCCGACGAUCCUGGAAUUAGCUGGAGGAGGCGUGCGAAGUGCGCACCAAAGGACACAGAAUGCGUGAUAUCAAUUAACGACAUCUAUAUAUGGCUUGUGGCAACUUUCUUUGUGUGGUUUAUUUUAGCUAUCUAUUUUGAUAAUGUAUUCCCAAAUGCAUCUGGAGUGAGGAAGUCAAUGUUUUAUUUCUUAAAUCCUGGCUACUGGACGGGGAAAGGUGGAGGCAAAGGGGAAGAGGGUGGCAUUUGUAGUUGCAUUGGUUCAGUUCCCCCAUUGGAGCAUGUUACUCCGGAUGACGAAGAUGUUCUCCAAGAGGAAAGUAUUGUGAAAGCACAAGCAAAAGAAGGCUUAGUUGAUCCUAAUGUCGCAGUACAGAUUCGUGGCCUUGGGAAGACUUAUCCUGGGACCACUCGACUUGGUUGCUGUAAAUGCAAAAGGAAAUCCACAUACCAUGCUAUUAAGGAGCUGUGGGUGAACGUUGCCAAAGAUCAGCUGUUUUGUCUUCUUGGACCCAAUGGUGCUGGAAAGACUACGACGAUAAAUUGUUUGACAGGAAUCACCCCAGUUACAGGGGGAGAUGCUUUGGUGUAUGGUUACUCUAUCAGAAAUUCGAUUGGCAUGUCAAACAUCAGAAAAAUUAUCGGAGUUUGUUCUCAGUUUGAUACCCUUUGGGACUUGUUGACUGGUGAAGAGCAUCUCUACCUUUUCACAAAUAUUAAAGGGCUCGCCCCUGCUUCAAUCAAAUCGGUGGUUGAAAAGUCACUGGCAGAGGUCAGACUAACAGAAGGAGGCAAAGUGAGAGCUGGGAGCUACAGUGGAGGAAUGAAACGUCGCUUAAGUGUUGCUAUAGCCCUUAUUGGUGAACCCAAAUUAGUGGUUUUAGAUGAACCCACAACAGGCAUGGACCCAGUUACAAGGAGGCAUGUCUGGAACAUAAUAGAGGUUGCCAAGAAAGGACGCGCUAUCAUCUUAACGACACACUCAAUGGAAGAAGCUGAUAUUUUAAGUGACCGUAUAGGAAUAAUGGCCAAGGGAAGACUUUACUGCCUUGGAACCUCAAUCAGGCUCAAAUCUCGCUUCGGAACGGGCUUUAUUGCCAAUGUGAGCUUCACUGCCAGCAAUGGUGCAAGUCCUCCUGGAGGAGAUGUGGUUUUGAAGACUGAUCAGGAGGCUGUGAAACAAUUCUUCAAAACUCAUCUGGAUAUUGUACCAAAAGAGGAGAACAAGACCUUUCUGACUUUUGUUAUACCCCAUGAUAGAGAAGCACUUUUGACGAAAUUUUUUGUGGAGCUCCAAGAUAAACAGGAAGAGUUUGGCAUAGCAGAUAUCCAGCUUGGUUUGACGACUCUUGAGGAAGUUUUUCUGAAUAUUGCAAAGCAGGCAGAGCUAGAAAAUGCUGCAACUGAAGGACGCUUGGUGACACUAACUUUGACAUCUGGAACCUCAGUCCAGAUCCCAGUGGGAGCUCGAUUUGUGGGGAUUUCUGGAACGCAAUCAGCUGAGAAUUCUAGAGGCGUCAUGGUUGAGGUAUAUUGGCAGCAAGAUGAUUCUGGUGCUCUUUGUAUUUCUGGACACUCUUCGGAAAUGCCUAUUCCUCCAUCCGUUCAACUACCCGCUACUUCAGCAGCAAAUACGCAUCGUAGUUUCUUGGGUCCAGCUCACGGGAUCGUGCUGGACCCAGAUCAAAUAACUACUGCCUAUCCUCAAUAACAUAUUCUUCUGCAAAUUUUAUCAGAGUGCCUGUAGAAGUUUACUUCAUCGAUAGGGUACUACAACUACAAUCAGCACUGUUAAGUUCAGCAUCCUAUAAAGUUGCUUCAGCUAGGAAUUAGCCGCUCAAUCGUACAGCUUUACAAAGGGUUUCUUGAUCAAUGUAUUGAAUUAUUCUCUGCAACAUAUAGUAAAGUUCAAUGCAGUUUCUGAACAUUUAUUUUGUUGUAAAAGGAUGUGCUGUUUCGGAAUAUAUUUGGUUCAAAUAUAGUCAGAAAAUCAGCUGAAUUAUCUUCA